GGGCGAUAUCUCCGCUCCGUCAUUGCCACGCCAGCAAUUCACGAUUGGCUCGCGCAGAGCGAAGAAAGUUUGGCCCUAAGGCGUGUGCGCUGCAGAGCAGUGCGGCACUCUGGGACUAAAUAAACAACGCUCGUCACGCCUCUUCGAACCUACCAUUCCUGAACAACUCCCCAUCGACUCGACAUCACUCACUUCUGCGCCGUUGACAGAUUUCGUCCCCCACCAAGCUAUCCAAUCAUGGCCACUGUGUCCGGCGUCCUCGUAUUUGCGCGUCAUGGCGAUCGUCAAGGUUUCUACCAGUCGCCCACCACAUACUCCGCAACAAAGACAAAUUUGACAGUGGCAGGUUACGUUCAAGAGUACAACCUCGGCACAGAUCUACGCAAUGCGUACCUCAACGCCUCGUCACCAUCUCUCAUACAAGGCAUCAACACAACGGUCUCGCAGAAUGCGCAACUAAGCGCCGCCGCCGACGCCGGCGGAGAGUCCGGACCCAUCCUCGAGAGUGCCGCUGCUUUACUCCAGGGUCUUUACCCGCCAUACAGCGAGACUAUCACCCUGGCAAACGGCAAUGUCGUGUCGUGGGACAACCGCGCGCAGCUCAUCCCCAUCGAGACGGUCGAGGCUGAUCAGAGUCCUGAUUUCGAAGGCUGGACCGACUGCUCGUCCUUUGAAGACCGUCUUGCAGAUUUCUACGCUUCGGAUGAUUUCAAGAAGCAAGCUGCAAUCGCCAAUCCUUUCUUUGCCAGUCUCAAGGGGGUGCUGGGUCCCAACAGACCUGCUAAGCUCGAGAACGCUUGGAACAUCUUUGACUUCCUGAACGUAGAGUCUAUCCACAACACGACCUUGGCUCCUCAGAUCGGUGCACAGAACCUUUCACUUGCAAAGUACUGGGCCGACUACCACGAGGCUGGCUCCUUCACAGACACCGACAAAACCAACGUUGGUAACGUCGCCGGUCAAGCCUUUUUGGCACCAGUGCUCGACUCCCUGCAUCGCCUCGACAAUGCGACCGACCCGCUGAAAUUCUCACUUCUGCAGAUCAGCUACAAGCCAUUCCUCUCGCUGUUCAAGAUGUUCGACCUGGGCGCACCAUUGAGCACGUCCGUGGUGGACUAUGCAUCUGCAGCCGUUUUCGAGGUGUACUCUGACCACAGUAUCAGGAUGCUCUUCCGCAAUGGCUCCAGCGGUCCUUUCGAGCCGUACGCGCUCCUGGGCUCCGACUCCAUGACGAUGCCAUUGUCGGACUUCAACAAGGCUAUGCAACCUUACAACUUGGACACUCUGAGCAAGUGGUGCAACCAAUGCUCAGAAACGGAAGCCAAGGGAUGCGCAACCCUCGCUGCUCUGAACGGCACCGGAGGCGCAGGUUACGCAUCCGUCACGAGUACCGAGGGACGACACGCAGUCAGUCCCGUGGUAGCGGGCGUCAUUGGCGCUUUCGUCGCUUUGGCCGUCGCUGCCGCUCUUCUCGCUCUCUGGCUCCUUGCUGGGGGACUCGUCAAGAAGCAUCGAGGUGCCAAUGCUGCGCCCAUCCAUCGUCGGGACGCAAAGGGCCAGCACGAACUUCAGGAUCGCGCGAGCAACGCUUCGACCAGGCAAGAAGGCUCCCAUACCGAUCUUGUCAAGCAAGCUUCUGCUUGAUAACCCCUCUUCAGUCGGGCUUACCCACCAUCAAUGCUUCCGAGGGUCAGGUCAGUGCUAUCGAGGCCCGAAUGACGCACCAACUUCGAGCAGCGCGCUUUGACCUCACGUCACGCCAUUUUCCAAUGAAUGCAAAAUUGAUACCAUUGGGUGCAUAUCCAGGGUGUGCUCGUAAUUGCUCCGCACGACGAAAUAGAUGGAGUGUCUUUGAGGCGUGGGUAGCGGCUGCGUAGUGUAGGACAGCUCCUAUUCUUCCGCGUCCGCAGUCGGUGUACCCUCUCUUGAGAUCGGCGCAGGAGCCACUCUAGGCCUGCCAGCUUUGAGAUCUUCUCUUAUUCUGUUCGCCGCGGUCUUCAUCUCAGCUCUGACCUGACUUGCAGG